AGGCCGCUGGAUGAACUUCUUUACUUCUGUAAUCCAUCUGUUGCGUUUCUACUUUCUGGAACUGACUUUUUCAUUGUUAUUAUUUAUCGGUUAGCAAAAUUUCACAGCAGUUAGGGCUCUUUUGGGUGUUCUGCAUCUUCCUCGGUGAGAUUCAUUAGAUUUCUGUCUGAAAUACUGUUUCUCCUUCGGUUUGUAUUUGUCAAAAAUCAAGAACCCAAAAAUGGCUCCUGGUUCGACUGCGACUGGUAAACGAGGACGUCAACCGAAACAGCAGAACACAGAGAGUAAUCCGCCUACCCAGGACGCACCAGAAGCUGAUGGCGCUCCAGAUAGCAGUGAGAGCACAAAACGCACUAAAGCUCAAGCAGCAGCGGCUCCCGCCUCAAGUCAAGAUAAUGUCAACAACGGUUCAUCUGAAGCACCACCUGCGAGAAAACGUGGUGGAAAAGCCAAGGCCACAACGGCUGAACACGGUGAAGAUAGCGGCAAAACAACCGAGGACUCUGCCAACAACAAAGGCGAUAACACGGCUGCCGAAGCAGCUCCGGCAAAGAAGCGCAACGCGAAGGGAACGGCUGCCGAAACCGGUGAGGCAGAUGCGGAUGACGCCACUACGGCGGCUUCAUCAAGUCAGGGUAAACAAGCUCCUGCCAAAAAGCGCGGAGGCAAGGCCAAGGCCGUCGCGGAGGAAGAUUCGAGUGAAGAGAAGCCAACUGACAAUCAGGCUGCCUCUGAGGAUAAACCGCCUCCGGCGAAGAAGCGCGGGGCUAAAGCGAAGGCAGCCGCGGAGGAAGAUUCUGGCGAAGAGAAAGCUGCCAGUGCCGACGAUCAGGCCGAGGAGGAUGCUGCUGCCAAGAAACGCCCGCGAGCGAAGAAGACGGCAUCGCAGCCUGCUGAACCUGCCAAGGACACCGAACCAGCGGCAGAGAAGCCCACAAAACGAGGCGGACGAGCCAAGGCCAGCCAGGAGACCGUGGAGGAAGGAGCUGCUGCUACAAAGAAACGUGCUUCGCCAUCCAACAGCCGUGAUGCCAAAGCGGAGUCUACGGAGGGGAAGGCCAAGAAAGCCAAAGGAAAGGGAAACGCGAAGGAGGAUAAACAAGAGAACUCUGCAUCAGAUCAAGAUAUCUCGGAGGACGGUAAGGCUGACGCGGCUGAAACGGAAAAGCCUAAGAAACGCGCUGGAAAAGCUAAAGCGGUGGUCAGUGAGGAAAACGCUGCCGAUGAGGAAAAUGUGCCGGUUCAGAAGCGUCGCGGACCGCCGAGAGCUGCGAAAGACACAAAAUGAAGGAAAUUAUGACGGUUACAACGUCUUUUUUGGCCGUUAAUUUGUAGGUUUGAAUUGGCGCAUUCUAUCGUUUAUAAGGAUCAAGUAGUGUUAUUUUUUUCAAAAACUGCCGUUAAAAAUCGGUUUUGUGGUUAUUAUAGUUGUAGUUUUUUGUACUCCACUUAAGAUGCGCUCUUACUUUUCAUUGAAUUUUUGCUGGUACGGCUACUUUUACUUUUUGAUCUGUUGGUCGCUUUCGCUGGAUAGAGAGAAUUCAUGAAUAUCGGUUAGUAUUGGUAUUUGGUAUUUAUUGACUGACGUAAUGUAAUAGUGUUUACGUAGGAAAUAAAUUCUCAGCCGUUAA